GUAGCGCAUGGACCUAAAAAAGGACGCAUUGCCUCAUCGUUUUUCUCCAAGCUACCAUUUUCGUUUCUCGUUUGAAUAGGAAGGGGUUUUUCUUAUUUUUCUUCAACCGUGUUCCGAGAAAGAAAAAUGUCAACGGUUAGGGCCACAGCUUAUAAGUACCUGGUGGUGUCUUUGCCAAAGCACAACAUUGUGAGACGAGACACAGGACAGUUACAAUUACCGCCGUUGAUUUUGACUCCUGUAAUUUCCAGCGUUUGUUAUAAAAUACCACCGUCACGGCUUGACCCUAACCCGCGUUUAAAAUUAACACUGCAUCUUUAGCGCUUGGUUUUAUCGUCUUCAAAUCAUUGUGAAUAUUCACCCAAGCUAAUCAACCAUGGCCAUCCUAUUUCAAGUCCUUCGACAGUUUGUCGUGUUAGCCGUCUACUGCUUUGUCGCAUCACUGGCUAACCCCAUAACGAUGCCUCCGACCACGGCUGUACCUACGAUGGCUGCGACGACACAAGUUGCCUACGACUCCUACUUAUUAAUCGUUCAGGAGGUGGAGAUGUUUCAGGGACAAUUUACUCCAAUGCUGAACUCAUUUCUCGUCUCACGUUUCCCUGGUGAUUUCUCAUCACAGAAAACGGACCGUCUUCUCCAGAGUGACGCCCAAGCCCCCGAUUUGGACAUCAGGGGAUUCCUCACUGUAAACGACUUGCCACCAACCUUCGAGAGACACUCUAUGACGGAAGCAGAACUGUUGCCCAAGCACAAAAUGUUCCUACAGACUUACGAUGAAGUCAUGAAGUCCCUCAAAACUGAGGAGGUCCUUGCAGUCAGUACCCAUCCCGAGUCCUACAGCAAUAACUUUACCCCAUCCUAUGACGAAGCCCUAGUGCACAUCCGAAGGCUGCUUUACAAAGUCUCUGAACUGAUGACACUGCAGAACAUUGCUGAUGGUCCUUCUCAGACCUUCGACGGCUUUCAAGCGUUGCCCCACAACUACCAGAUCCACAAUACACGGAGCCUAUACGUCCUCCAGAGCAUCGACGAGUACAUAUCUGCUUCCCUCAUUGACUACCACCGCCUACUUUCUCAAUCCCAAUCAUGAAGAUUCUCCUAUUCCUUAAAAUUCAACUAAUUUAUUACUAUCGUUAUUGUAUUCCAUCCAUCAAUGGUUUUCUUCAUGCCUUUCAUGGUACUAAUAAUGUAUUUAUUUAUUGCGAGUUAUAAGAAAGUAAAUGAUGAGAUGAGGAGAGACGAGAGGGGAUGGAGACAAAAAUACAAAAGUGUUUUGACAAGAAGUUUGUCUUCGAUGCACCAACCAACAAUUAAAUAAUGUUGGACAAUCAUUGUGAGCAGUUAUGAUAUCGAUAUUCUGUGCCUUUUUACAUGUACUUUAUUUCUGUAAGGUGAUUAAGUGACCGCAAAGUACAUCGAAUUCAUGAGUUUGAAACUGUUAAGCGCCAUAUUUAUACAGAUGUUUGAAACAAAACUACAAUUUUUUUUUUUUUUUUUAGUUUGUAACCGUUUCUUCGAAAAAUAUUCCAAUCAAUUUGAGAAUCUCUUAUUUUUCUCAGUGUUUGCAAGCCGUGUCCGAGUGCUUGGGAAUGUGUUCACUGCACCGAACUAGGUAUAUUAUGUUUAUGUACUUUUCUUACGAUUUUUUUUAUGGAAACUAGCAAUAAAAUUGUGUUCGAUAUGCAUUUACAUUCACAAUCACUCUAACUUGAAAUGUGCCUUAUAAGCAAAUCAUGAUCGAAGAUGUAUCAGUCUCUGUGAAAGGUCGAUCCUGAUUGGUUGAUUCAGAAUUGAGUUUGAUCGAAUGUCAUUUGUGCAAUAAUGUGUUGUCUGUAAACUUAAUGCAUACAGUCGAUGUGCAUGGAAGUAUGUCACUGUGUGACGCAAUGUACAUCAUUAGCACGUUCGCAUUCGAAAUAUAAUGAUUGAAUUGUCUCUUGUUAUAUAAUACUAGCCCUGCUGAACGUGUUUUUCUUUAUAUUUUGUUGUUAUGUUUUCUCUCAGAUUGGAUUUUUCGAAGCUUAAACUCUUUUUACACGUUAUGUAGUGAGAGUUUGCCUAGUACUGUACCUAUAAGGUCACAUUUUAUGGUUGUUGAUGGGUAUAAGUAAUCAUAAUCAAAUAAUGAAUAGAUAAUGAAGUGAUACGAAUACUUUACUUGGUAUUGCUCUUGUUAUUCAGAUGCAUUCAAUUGUGCUUUCCUUCACAAAAUUAUGGACGUUUAAAAUAUUUAAACUGUUUAUAGUAUUCAGUACUAUUAUGUAUUUACCUAUUUACUCUCAUGAAAGUGAUUUAUAUUUAUUGCGAAUUCAGCAUCUAUUUAUAUAUUUAUUAAUCUAUGUAUUUAUCAAAUUGAUAUGAAUGUAUGGUUGUGUGAGGGUAAUUCCAAGACUAUUUUAGAGUUUCUAUGAAAUUAUUUAUUGUAAAAAUGAAUGAAAACAUUACAUUGAUUAAUACAACGUGAUUUUAUCUGUCGAGAACUGUUACAAUUCUCAUGUGACUAGUCACUGAUCUUCUUCCAUAAUAGUUCAGUGAAAAAUGAUGUGCCUAUUUAUUUAACCUUGCCAUUUCUUGUUAGUAUGACGGAACAUUAUGAAUUAAAUGUCUGAAAGUCA